GCAGGGCAGAAGCCGCCAAGGACGGGGGCCGACCGCUCCGUAUAUAAGGGACCACUGGACACUGCCGGGGCAUCACUCGAGUUCCGAGGUUCCUCUGCUCUCUGACCGCAGCUCGUCUCCAACCACCUCCGCCGACACCAUGAAGGCUUUCGUGUGCGCCGUCCUGAUGGCCCUGCUGGUGGCCGUGGCCUUCGCCGCUGAGGAGAAGGACCUGAAGGGCUCCGAGGCAGUGUACGUGGCGUCGCCCUACGCGGCCACCUACGGCUACUACGGCUACCCCUACGCCGCCGCCGCCUACCGUGCCGCCCCCGUCGUCAGCGCCUACUCCGGCUACCCCUACGCCGCCUACCCCUACUACUACCGCUGAG